AUGUUAAAGAUCAUCGCUUUUAUUGCCUGUCUGGCCGUAGUUUCCGCCUCACAUUACUACUCGGGAGAUCUUGGUCUUCACGUGGAACACAAGGAAUACCACGACCAGCCUAAGUACAAGUACGAGUACGGAGUCAAGGAUGGUCACACCGGAGAUCACAAAAGCCAAUGGGAGCACCGCGACGGUGACGUUGUCAAGGGUGGAUACACUCUGGAUGAGGCUGACGGCACCCACCGUGAGGUCGAGUACAAGUCGGACCAUCAUAACGGUUUCCAGGCCCAUGUCAAGCGCAUUGGACACGCACACCAUCCGCACGGUGAAAGCUACGCCAACAUUGACCAGCACCAUUAA